AUGGCAUUUCUCGAUCUGAUGCUCGACAUGAACGCAAAAGGUGAGCUGCCAAUGGAGGGUGUACAAGAGGAAGUGGACACUUUCACGUUUGAGGGCCACGACACCACGUCGGCAUCGAUCAAUUGGUUCCUUCAUUUGAUGGGUGCGAAUCCAGAUAUACAAGAGAAAGUCCAACGUGAAGUCGAUGAGGUACUCGGGGAAACUGAUCGUGCACCUACUUACGAAGAUCUUGGCGCUUUAAAAUACCUUGAAGCAUGUAUCAAGGAAACAUUGCGAUUAUAUCCCUCAGUACCCCUCAUUGCUCGACAAGUCGUUGAAGAUGUCAAGAUCAAGAAUCACCUUUUGCCAGCGGGAACCGGCAUUGUUGUCAUACCAUCCAUGGUUCAUCGAGACCCGACCUACUGGGAUGAUCCGGAAGUUUUUCGUCCUGAACGAUUCAUCAGCGGAGAGCUCAAGCAUCCCUAUGCGUAUAUUCCAUUCUCGGCGGGAAGCAGGAAUUGCAUUGGUCAACGAUUUGCGCUGAUGGAAGAGAAAUGUAUUCUGGCACUGAUAAUGCGAAAUUUGCGAGUACGUUCCUUACUUCGCACGGACGAGAUGCGUGUUGCCGCCGAGUUGAUCAUUCGGCCGUUGUUUGGAAAUCGCUUGAAAUUUGAAAGGCGAUCAUAUGGCGACUAUGCACACUGCACUGCAUAA